AUGGGAAUGGAAGAGUUUGUGGUACAAGGGCUUGAGGAUCUCGAGAAGUUCUUGUCAAGAGACAAGGAUCUGUAUGGUUACAGUAAGAAUCAGUGCCUCUUUGUGUCGACUUUCAUGUACGGGAUUAGAGAACUCAGAACAACGAUCAAGGAGGCUGCGAAGAAGAUCAAUCGGUUGGUUCUUGAUAUCAACAAUCCACAGGGGAAUCAAGAUCCUGAUCGUGUCCGUUUCGAACGAUUGAACACCUUAUCGUUGCUUGGAAUCGUAAGAAUCUUUGCGUCGGAUGACCAGGAAGAUAGGUACAAAGAUAUGGCAAUCAGACGGCUCAACCUCUUAUUGUCUGAUCAGAAUCCGAAGAAAGCGAAAACUGAUGUUUCUGUGAUGAGAGAACUCCAGACAUUGCUCGUCUCUUGCCUUUCGAAACAAGGAAUCUCAGAGAGCAUGUUCAAAAUCCUUGGUGAGAUUGUGUACCAUGUUGCGUUUGAGAUGAUGUUCGUCCAAAAAGAGCCAUGGUUUGGUCUACGCGAUUAUAUUGCAUCGCAAAGCAAAACAGAGUUUCAGAGAGCGGUUUAUAUCUUCCGUUGCUUAACAAUGCCGCUUGACGGGGAAGAGUUUGUGAUUCCUGUGAUGGAUAAUCUUCUCCCAGAGAUAAGGGCAAGGCUAAACCCUCCUCCAAGUGAGGUAUUGGUAGAUAACAGUGGAUGGGUUUUGGCGUUUGCGGGUGCGUUCUGUGCGAUUAUUCACUUGAUAAAGAUCAAGAGUCGCGCUGAAUCUGUUAAGGAGGUUGCGUAUAAGAUGAUAGAUUCAGUGAGAGAGCUGGUGGAAAGAGGAAUGGAAGUUGGACUUGUGAGGAGAGCUUUCAGAGAUGUGGAAAUCAUUGUGAAGAAACAUUUGCAAUGGUUCAGUACGAGCGAAUACAAAUUCGCAAAGGGUAUGCUUUGGAAACUAUAUGAAAUCAAAGGCAUGAAAAUGGAGAGUAAGGUUGUGUUGUGGAGAAUCAAUUUUGUUGUCGAGAGAGGAGUGGCUGAGCAGUUGAAAGAGCUCCCAAAGAGUGAGCUUGAUUGGAUGAUAAGCCAAUAUGAAGAUUAG